AGAAAGUCAUCCUCCGAGAACUGUAGCUUAGACUAACUCUCCAACGUCCUUUGUAUAAGCCUCUGUUGGUUUUAGCGCUCAGUGUCAUUUUUGAAGCAGGCGGGGUGGACUUGGCUUUACUACAAGGAAAUCUACUCUUUCCUCUCCACGUUUAUUUUUUUUAAGUACCCGGUGGUCAGUUGUGUGUUACAUUACACAGGACGUCAACAGGUGGGAACGUUUUGGACUGAAAUCAGUUUUAAGUGUCUUUUCUGGAAUUUCACUGGAGCCCUAGUUAACUAGGGAAUUUCAACCGAAAAGGCUGACUUACGCCGUGCGUCGCUCCUGUUGUUUCCACUCAGACCACGCUUUGAAACCUCCAUUGUUUAAUGGUAACGACUUUAGUCCAUAUUGAUAUUGUGCUGAAUCUGACACGUUGUAGACUUCUCCGCUGGGCUAGUGUGGAGCAUUUACUGAGUCUGGUGGACUUUAGUGUGAGUAGUAGCAGAUUUGGGUUUCUCCGUUCAUCCUCCAGCAGAAUGAGCACGUCUGUUCAAUGAACAGUAACAGAAGAAUCCUCUAAAAUUCACCACGGACAAGACACCAACACCUCUCUGGUAGCAAAGACGCAGAGGAAGUUCUUCAGGAUUGAGGUUUCGCUCCGAGAACUCGAAAUGACUGACAAAAGAUACUCAGCUUUAGAUGAAACGUCUCUUCGGAAUUUGCUUGAUGGCACUGUGGAUAUGGCGGAGCGUCGCCUCAUACGGACAGCAAUUCGGGAGUUGCGACGACAUGAGAUUGAAGAUAUGGAAGCUGCUCUGACCAAUAAGCGCUUCAGACGUGCUCAAGAACACAGACAUGAGGAUAAGGAAAAUCAGCUUCGGCCUGAAUUGGCAGCAUCGCUGGAUCUGCUUUCUAGUAAGCUUCAGGACAUUCAGGAUAUUGAAGAGCUUUCUGCAAUGCUACGAAGUACCACUGAGUAUGAAGAGAGGAAACUAAUCCGUGCAGCCAUUCGCCAACUGAGAGAUGAAGAGAUUCAAGGCGCGCUGGAGAAGAUUCAGUUAACUGGACGGCCAGUGGAACAGCAUCAUAACCCUCAAAGAAAUUUGGACUUGGAGGACACACUGAAAGAAAACCUGGACAAGACAGAACGAAUUGAAACACCUCACAACCAAGCUCAGAGCAAGGAAGCACUUAGAACAGGUUCUAAUUCUGACAUGGUGUUGGUAUUAGACCCGCUAGUCAGGGAGGUGGUGUCUUGCCCUUUGACCCUCCAUUCUCACCGUGACUCUGGCUCGCCUUCCUCUGAUGUCAUUUCUUCUUACCGGGAACGUUCAGAUUCAGUGGAGUCCAAUAGAAGCCAGGAUAUCUUGCAACGCAAACGGCUGGAUUCGGGGACAUCGGAGCAUAGUCAUGCCUGCUCACGGCCCUCUUCUGAGUCAAAUGCAUCUGAGCUUGGUGCACCCUUGGAAUGGGCUGUGGGAGGAGAGCAAGCAGCGGGUGGAUCCUUAGUGAGCACAGAUUCAGAAGUUGAGACUAAAAAUCAUGGGCCAAGUAAGGUUGAUGAUCUGUCCUCUACUACAACCACUAACAUGGAGACACCUGAUGGAGCGGUAAGCUCCAAGAAGACCGCAAAGGCCAGCUGCACGCUGAAGGAAUCCAGUGGAAAGCCUACAGACAACAUCUUGAAACAGAAGGUCACAUCAGGCCCAGACACACCGUUUUCUCUCAACAAAGAUAAAGUACUUACAAGCAAAACUGCAGCUUCUCAGAUGUUCAACCGAGCAAGCUCAGUGCGUGACAGAGUGCGAAAAUUUGCAGAACCUGCUGCGAUCUCUAGCCAGACUAAGGAUGUACAGAGAGCCAUCCAUAGAGCGCCCUCCUCUACGAAUGCGUUUCUCACAGUGCCAGCGACUCCAGCCCACUCUGAGAGUCGAGAUGCGACUCCAUCCCUUUCUUCUUCUUGUCUGUACACCUCUCCAGGCAGUGGGGAAAACCUCAGCGAAGGCCUGCCUGCCCAAUCGGAGGCUCUGUCUAAUGUCCAAUCACUGGGAGCAGUGGGCGGGCCACAGAACUCCACUGAAGAUGUCUGGAGUCCUUCUUACAGCUCAGAAGAGGGGCAGGCUCCCGAGGGAAAACCAUCUUCGAGGACACCAGACCACCAGGGAGAUCCCGAGUCCAACAUGAAAACCUUCCUCACCAUUGAGAUCAAGGAUGGCCGAACCAUUACUCCACAAGUGUCUGCAUCAUCUUCGUCCAUGGGGGCCAACGUGAUGCCCCGAAUCAUCACUGGUACCUCUGGACAGAGGGCAGAACUGACGCUUGGUCUCAGAGCAACACCAUUCAAGAUCAGCAGCUCCAGCCACCUGUCAGGACCCUCCAUUAAGAUGGAGACGGAACCUGGCUUUACGACUGAACCUUCUGUGCAGACAGCCAGCGAAGCCCCUGUUGUCCCUAAUGGCUCGUCAGUGGCCCAAGUGAAGAACGAGGUGCUCAGUAGUGCCAAUAGCAGCAAGCUCACCUCUGAGCAGCUCGAGGCCAUAGAGGACGAGGAGAUCCUGGACAAAAUGCUUGAUGACUCCAAAGAUUUUGAAGAGCGGAAAAUGAUCAGGGCAGCUAUGAGAGAACUCCGAAAGAAAAAGAGAGAAGCCAGGUUGGGAUGUUCUCAGGAUGAGCUAGACCAAAGGGAGAAGGAGCGAGAGGUGCGUCUGCAGGAGCUGAGGCAGCAGAGAGAGGAGAGAGCCCAAAAGACUCGGCCAGGUCCAGGUGCCGGGGAGGUGGUGAUGAAGAAAAUUGAGAAGUCUGCAGAUGGUUCUACUGUUAGUGAGAUUACUAAAACCAACCGCUUUGCCCAGUCAGAUGAUGGCAGCAGGAUGUCCCGUAGCACUAUAAUGGAAGCUACUUAUACACAGAAGUCUGACAGGGGGACCAUGCAAACUAAAUCCUACAGCUACUCCUCUUCUUCUUCCACUUCGACUAAGAAGGUUGGAAGUGUGUUUGAUCGUGAGGAUGACACCUCACGCAGUGGAGGCAGCUUGGCAGCACUGGAGCGCAGGCAGGCUGAGCGCAAGAAGGAGCUCAUGAGGGCUCAGACCCUGCCCAAAACAUCCACCUCCCAGGCCCGUAAAGCCAUGAUUGAGAAGCUUGAGAAGGAUGGUGGAGGCUCACCAGCUGCACAAGUAAACAAGGUCCAGCGCUCCACCAGCUUUGGUGUUCCCAAUGCUAACUCCAUCAAACAGAUGCUGUUGGAUUGGUGCAGAGCUAAGACCCGCGGCUAUGAUAAUGUGGACAUUCAGAACUUCUCCUCCAGUUGGAGUGAUGGAUUGGCUUUCUGUGCUCUAGUGCACAACUUCUUCCCUGAGGCCUUCGACUACUCUGCACUCAUCCCUAGCAAUCGCAGACAGAACUUUGAAGUGGCCUUCAAAACAGCAGAGGCCUUUGCUAACUGUAUGCCUCUGUUGGAAGUGGAGGACAUGAUGAUAAUGGGCAAGAAGCCUGACUCCAAGUGUGUCUUCACCUAUGUGCAGUCGCUGGUCAAUCACCUGCGUAGAUAUGAGAUGACCUGUCGAGUCCACUCAGAUCACUGACCGCUUACUGACUCUGGCACUCCCCUCAAGCACAUCUGGACAUCCAAAGGCCCGUUCCACGAUAUUGCGGAGAGUAGAACUGUUCCCCAAAAAGCUUUUUCUUCCAGGUCUUGUAACCUAGUUUCAACUGUAAACAAAAACCAAUGCAUGCAACGUUGUGAGGUCAGGGGCCUCAUGUAAGCCAUAUUGCUGCAGUCUAGGAUCUACGCCAAGGCACUAAUGCUAAUAUCAUAUAAAUUACCAUUAAAAGUUCCUUUACUGAAACUUAUAUAUUCCAUCAUAAAGACUUUGUGGCAAAAAAAUGUUUAAUGGUAAAUCCCAGAAAAGACAAUUGUGUUGUACAUCUAAUGUCUAAUAUUUUAUUUCUCAUGCCAGUGGCAUACAGUCAAUUGAAGUGGAUUGCCUAUAGACCCAUUUAAAAAUGGCUUGUAACCUUGUUCUAUGGUACCUUUUUGCUUUUAUAUGAAUUCAGAUCUGCAUGCUUCACAUGUUACUUGAAUUUUCUUUUAAAUUAUUUAAGGUCAUUUAUCAUCUAUAAGGAACAAGUGACUAAGUUUGGAAUGAGCACUGGUAUGCAGAUGCCACACUGCUUCAUGCAACAGUACAGCCCCCUUUGUUCAAGCAGCAGCUGAACCUUUUAACAUAAACGCAUAAACGUUUCUUACAGUCGUUCACCAUAUUUGUUCAAAGUAUUUGUUAAUCGGUACUCAAUUGUUAAAUAUUUUCUUUCAGUUGGAUUUAAACAGUCCAGUUCAACAAAAUGUAAAGGAGAAGUCAACAAGGAAUUAGACAACCGUCCAAACAUAGCCACAUAGACAGUACAACGUACAUUUCCCCUAAUUUAUGUUUUAGGUUAUGAAUAUUUUUAAAUAUUUUUACUUUUUUCAUGAACUAUAUUAUGAAGCAAAUACACAUACUUAUGAAUGACAUAUGGCUCCUCAGUCAGAUAAGUUAUCACCCUGUUUAGUGUGUUUUUGCUUUUGCAUAUUUUUCAAGUAAGGCUUUUGAGCCCAAGCUUAAUUUCAGCCAUAAGUACAUUGGGUACAGAAUUGUUUAACAGUUGACAACUUGAGCUGAAAUGAUGUAUGCUUUAUUACUAAAUUUUAUCAGAAAAGUUUAAAGAUGUUUUUAUAUAUAUUUGGUUCUUGUGCUAGUUUGUAACUAAUUUUGGUUUGAUUUGGAAAUCUUAUUUAAAAAAAAAAAAAGCUCAAAGCUAUAGUAGCUUUUAAUGUAUAUGGUAAGUGAUAGUUUGUAUAAUAUCGCAGUGAUUAUAUUUGAUGGCACCUACUGAAGACAUUAACUACCAAAACUAACUAUUUAAUUGCAGGUUCAACACUUUAUUAUUUGGUCCAUUUUUAAUCUGUUGUCAUCUUUGCCAUUUAUUGAUUUUUCUGAAAUGGCUGGAGGUGAUCACAACUGAAAGUGUCUAGCAGUGUUUUGAUGAAUGCUUGUGUUAAAAAUCAUGGCACUGUUGGACAGAAAGUCCAGUCUGGUGUGAAAAUAUUUGAUGUUGAUCUCCUUAAACACAGCCCUCCAUUGUUUUGCAACAUUAACAUUUGUGAGUGUACUUGUGUAUAGUUUUUUUUUUUUUUUUCCCAUUUAAAAUCCCAAUCUUUUUUUCCAAGAAUGUCAUUUUGACCUAACUGAGCUUUUUAGUAUUUUAUUUGUUUUCCAGAUUUUCUGUUUAGCCUUAGCUAAUAGCCAAAAUAAGUGUUGUGUAUUAGCAUUAGCUCACCAAAAUGCUAAUUCACCCACUGUGCUGCACAGCGAUGUUACUGUGAGGGGAGAAAUAAACUGCCAGCCAUUUUUCUUUCCACAUGAGCAAAGAAACACCACAUGGCACAGCUAAGAUCCAAAUCUAUAAUUUGAGCAGCACCUUUGUACUCUAGAUAGUGUUAUUUGCAUUAGAUUUGUUACGUGGCUUAUGUAGAAAUGCAUAUUUGUGGAUGUGGUAGAACUUUCAAAGCCAUAGCACUGCUGCACAUUCACUGCUGUAUGCAAAAACAUCCUUGCCAAAAUAAGCUCCUUCAAGGGAAUAGGGGAAAGGCAGAAACAUUAGGUUGAAUCAAAUAUGGUCCGUAUUGCAGUGUGAAAUUCGCUGUCACUACAAAUGAGAAAAAAUUGACUGCCUGUCCAAGGGCCAUUUUGAUUGUACAUGUCUACACAGAAGAGUAUUGUUCACCCGGCAUUCCUGUACACUGCAAGUUAAUAUGAAGUGACUAUUAAACCUUUUAAGAAACCAA